AUGCCACGUGCGGGCACACGUUCGCAACGUCAGCCUUCACAAUCGCAGCCGCGCCUCCAGAGGGGCGGUCAGGCCCAGUCUCAGCGUGUCGCAAAUAGAGACGAUGAGGAUGACGAGGAGGACGAACAGGAGGGAGCGGUAGACCAGGACGAGGACAUGAGAGGAACCGACGCUCACAGUGAAUUGGAAAGGAAAGCUCAAGACCUCGUUCGGCUUGCGCUCUUUACGGAAAACAAACGCAUACCGCUCAAGAGAGAUGAAAUAUCGAAGAAAGUCCUCGGCUCCAGUACUCGCGCGUUCAAUACUGUUUUAGCUCGUGCACAAGAAAUCUUGCGCAAGACGUUCGGGCUCGAGUUGGUCGAGCUGCAGUCUCGUGCAGCCUUAGACCAAGAUGCCGACGAUAAAGAUGCAGAUCUAUUGAAGAACACAGGGGUGAAGAGAAAAGGCGCAUCUUCCGGAACAAAGACAUACAUCCUGCGCUCUGUGUUACACCCUGCGAUCAUAGCACAGGCUAAUGCUCCCGACCCAGAAAUUCUGGCCUUGGAGCGCGAAGAACCAGCCCUCGUCGAUGGAGAAGAUGCUCGCGAGAACGACUCAAGCUCCCGCGCCACGGGCAGCAUACUUGCCUGGCACCAAUCCGACGAGCUGGGCUCCGUCGGCGUGCUAUAUACGGUCCUCGCGCUCAUCCUAGUAGAUGGGCGGGUGAUGCGAGAGAACGACCUGCGUGCCUAUCUCAAACGGCUCGGUCUCCCAGCCAAUGCGACUGUCCCAAUCACGAGUCGGGUUACCCAACAAUCGCUGACGGUCGACUCAUAUCUCACUCAGCUCAUCCGCCAGGGUUAUCUCGACCGACAACGAAUAGGCGAGAUCAAAGGUGCCGGUGGGAAGCGCGGCCGUGGUCACGCAGCAACCCAAGCAGCUGCCGGCGACGACAAUGCUGCAUACGAGUGGCGAUGGGGCUCGCGAGCGAUGAGCGAGGUGGGCGAAAAAGCAAUUGCACGCUUUAUGACCGAGUUGCUCGUCGAGAAUCCUGGGCAAAAUAGUGAUGACGAAGACGACGGACCGCGAGGAAGCCGCAGAGCUGAAACAGAAGCAGCAAAGAAAAAAUACAAUGGGAUUAUUAAGGGUAUCGAGAGGGCUGCUGGUGGCGCUGCUUUGCAGGACGUUCUGUAA